AAAAAAGAAUUAAAAUGGCUAGUCUGGGGUGCAGAAUUGGGAGAGUACUUCCAAGGAUAAACAGAGUUACUAGAGGAUCUCUUAUCGCAAUUCCAAGACCCAUCGCUGUUAAAGUGAAUCAAACCAAUGUUAGAUGUUUGGUCACAACUCCCACAACAAAUAUCCAAGCACAAGUUAUUCAGGAGGAGGACAAAGUUGAACCUGAACUAGCAACUAAAUCUGCGGCAGAGGAGAACCUUGACAGAUUAUUGUAUAAGCUUGAUAAUGAGAUGAGAAGGUUUGGACGAGUUCAUCCAGCUGAACUUGAUUAUAUAAUUAAUACUGUGAAAAGGUCUCGGUUUAUCACUAGUACACAAGCUCAGCUUCUAUUGAAAGCGUGUGGAAAAUCAUUAGUAGAAGAAACUAAAGAACAAAGGACAAAAAGAGUGGAGGUGAUGAUCCCUCUGGUCAAGUCUUAUCUCAAACUUGAUGUCAGUCACUACAACAUUAUAUUAAAGAUUCAUCUUGAGAAUGAAAACCUUGUGAAUGGAUCCGAGUUUCUUGCUGAAAUGGAAGAGGGUGGAGUUAUACCUAACCGUGUUACAUUUCAGCAUCUUAUUGGGAUGUAUUGUUUGGAGGGUAAUAUUACCGGAGCCACCACUAUACUGGAACACAUGAAGGAGGAGGAGAUGGCGAUAAAUGAAAAUGUUUUUCACUCCUUACUCAUGGGCCACUGUAUAAACAGGGACAAGGAGUCCGUCAUGGAAACCCUCCAGGUGAUGGAGAACUCAGGACUGCUGCCAGGUGCGGAGACCUAUACUGUUAUUCUAACUUCAAUGGCCAAAGCAAGAGACUGGGAGAGUGUUGAAGAGUUUCUUGUAGAAGCUGUAAACAAGGAUGUACAGUUGGAUGCCGGGGAUUAUUUUAAGGUAAUUAUUGCCCUGUGUGAGAACGGUAUGGCGGAACAGGCUAAAGGGCUUGUUCCAAGGGUUCCUAAGAAAACUGGAUACUUUCAGGAGAUGAGAACAGCUCUACCACAACUAAUUUUGGCGGGAAAUGUAGAUCUUGCAUUCUCUAUUUUCUACGAGUUCAAGAUCCCGAGCUCCGAGGGGCAGUCUGUGAUGAACGCAAACCAUGGAAUAUUCCUCGCCAGACCUCUUGCCAACUCGGGGAUAUCGCCGGAGAUUUGUGCUGAAUAUCUUGCUGGGAUGGUAGAAAAAGGAUAUACUGAAAUCCUAACCUUGUAUAUAAGCGAGUGUCUAGAGAAGGGAUACGUUCAACGUAUUAGGGCUCUCGGAAAAGAUCUAAAGGAGAAGAUUGGAACUGAAUCUUUCUCUAAGUUUGAUACAAGAUUUAUCCGCAGACAGAUGAAUAACAAGACCAAUGAGGAGGUACAAGGUGUACUGGAAUCUAUGAGGGAGCUAGGAUUGAGAGUUGAUACUGGAGGAGUGAGCAGAGAUCUCAUCAGUAGAAAUCUAGAUCUGGAUUCUCAACUUCCUGGAAACUUAAUCCAUCAGUUAAAGCGCGAAGUUCCUAUGAUUAGUUAUACACAGCUAAACAACAAUAUUAUCGCAGAACUUCUCAACAGAGCUGAUCCUAGAUAUUUGAAGGCGUGCGUUGGAUUUAUGUUGAAUAGUAAGAUUGACCAAGUUAUCCCUGGAUUCUGGAAUAGAGCUCUAGUUCAUAGCUACAGAAGAAGCAAUAGUCUUGAUGAUUUCAUCUCUAUUCUCUUCGUAUCUAAAACUAAACUCAAGGAAAAUGCGCUGGAAAUGAGUACACUAUACAAUGCUCUUCUUCAACUAACCCAUGAAGAGCUGGUCACUGUUCUUGAUGAAAUAAUUAGUUGCAAGCUAGGAAUACCGAAAGAUGUAGCAAACAACCUUGCUGAAUCCUUCAAAGAUCAGGAUAUUAAGGGUAAGCUUGAGACUGCAGUGCUGGAUUUUGAGUCUGAUUACUGGACUCCGGAGCAGGAACAAUCCUUCCUAGAAUCUAGGAAAAAUAAACUCAAGAGAGCAAUGAAGAAUGCAGGAUACUCCAACCCUGUGAAUGAGAGUAGGAUGUACACUGGAUACUUUGAUAUCCCGUCUGAUCUAGAGGAGAUGAUCAAGAUCAAGAAUAUCCUCGCCAAGAGGAAUACGUUUAAUCCAAAGUUGGCGGAUAAGAUGAUACAAGCCUUUGCUGAGAACGACAAGGUCGAACUUGCACUCACUGAGCUCGCGGAGGCACAAGCACGAGAAGAAGCAUUCUUUUUGAAUCCGGUCACAGGAAACAAUCUUAUACAGUCUAUUAUCAGAUCGAACGAUUUAGAAAAGGCUGUGAAAGUUUUCCACGAGGAUACCAAAGAUACAUUUUACAGCACUUACACGGAAAUUAUGACAGCUUAUGCCAAGAAGGGAGAGCACGAGAAGGUUUUAGAACUCCUUGAAACCAAGACAGAAAAGAAACUCAUAAAGUCCUCCAUUGAUAACCUGAGGCAAUUGAUCAAUCACUACGUAGAGGCAGGAGAUGUAGAGAACCUUAACAACCUCAUCAACAAGAUUCAAGAGACUAGGGAGGAUUCAAGAAAGUAUAAACUGUUCCUGUUCGGACCCCUGGUCAAGGUUCACCUGGUUCGUGAUGAUGUUGCCGGAGCUGUUUCUGCCUUCGAGCAAAUUUGUAAUAAACACAAAUGUCUUCCAGCAAAAAUGGACUUGACAAAGAGAUUGGUUCAAGACGAGAAUGUUGAUGAUCUUCAAAAGAUUAUAGACUUUUCAAUUCAAGUAAUUGGAGAGGAGAAAUCUCUGUACGAUUUAACCCAAGUCUUCCUGCAACAGGGGAGACGGGCACAGGCCAAGAAGAUGCUUGAAACUCCAGGGCUCAUGUACAAUCAUAAAUCCAUGACAAACAUUAUGGAAACCUUUGUCACGAACAAAGAGUUGGAUUGCCUGGAGGACUUGGUCAGGUUGACAAAGAACUUGUUCGGCUGCGACCGUGACUAUAUGUACCUAACUUGGGUUAAGGCUGUGUCUAAGAAUGCUCAGAAGGUCAAUGAUAUCUGGCUGCAGAUUCAGGAGGAAGGACAUGCUCCCAGCAUGCAGUUGAAAACUGAAAUAGCGAGAGCGCUACAGGCCGGCCAACUUCAGAUUCCGUUCGUUACAACCGAUCUAAAUCUGGAAGGAGAGAGAACUGUUAAGAGUUCUUCCACCACCGCUAAGGAAACGAGCAAGCCCGCUGUGAAGAAAAUUAGAGUUGAAACUAUUCCGGUUUCUCCCGAGGUCCCAGCCACCCCGGUUUCUAAGGCUAUGCAAGCAAACGAUAUUGACGAACUAAUUCAGCUUCUAAAGGUUGAGACUAACGCUGAUGUUUUAAGAUCGGGAUUGGACCAUCUUCUUCAACAAGACAAACUAACAGAAGUUGGAGAAUUGAUUAAAAAUCAUAAGUUUAAAAACGUCAGGGGACCUCUGACUGGACUUUUGAUAAGGAUGUUCUCAACCAACAAGGAUUCUGCGCUCACUUAUGUCAACGAAAUACCAGUCGAGACGAGAAAAACUCUGAAAACAGAUCAAAUUCUGCGAGACAUAUUUCUCAAGUCCGGAGAUAUUGAAACUUAUUUCCAAUUUGCAAAUUUACCUCAGCGGAUUUCAUACAAGAAAAUAUCUAAUCUGUUCCAGAAUGAAACGUUAAAGAAGAAGGUUGAAGUGAUGGCUAGUGAAGGAUCUGCUCCUGCUAGAGCUCUGCUAGGACGGUUCUGCUCUGGAUCCGGAGAUAAGGAAGGAUUAGUCAAGUACUGGAGUCAAGAUACUAGGGAAGACAGACUAGAGGUAGCUCGGGACUUCAUCGUGGACAUUGAUUCCCUCGAAAAACUCAGAUGGGCGUAUGCAGCUUUAAACAAUGAUAGUAGUGUUCUCCGUAUAGCCUGCAACCAGUGCUUGUCUGUGAACAGGGAAAACACCAAAGAAAUUUUAGACUUUGCAGUCAAAUGUGGACUUAGCCUUGAAAACAUUAACACAAAGUCUCUUAAAAUUGUUUCAGAGAUGAAGGAUUUUCAUUUACGUGAAGAUGCAAAGAGGAUAGUUGAAGAGAGAGGCCGAGAGGAAAAGUAAUAUAUUAAAGCAUUUUUCAUUUUUCCGAUUUCACUGUUUCAGAAAAA